GUCACUCUCUAUUGGUCACUCUAGUUCUUUCUUUUUUUUUUGUGGAGCGUUGUCAGAGACAGCAAACGCUUAGGCUUCCCCGGGCUUACGACUGUCCAGCAGGUCACUCUAGCUCUUCAACGUUUCAACACGCAACCUUUCGCUUCAAGUGCACUUACAUCCGUCGUGACCUCGGACUCGUACCUGCCAGCCGGUCUUCGCUGGCCCACAUACACCAUGCAGAGAAACGUACAUAGAUCGACAUGUUCAUUGUUUGCCCUCAAAUUGAAAAAGAACUGGAGGAGAGCUGGCAGCAGACCAGCUUCGAGCUGCGACGAGGAUAUAUGGUUGGGUGCCAUUAACGGGGUCAUCGGAUGUAAUGCUCACCUACGAUGCGUGGAGUGGAUUUUCAACGGCUGAUAGCCUUCUGCCACCACCUCUCAGCGCUCAGCCAUUACCGAACCAGGAAGGAUCCCACCGCCGCCCGUUAAUCCUGGGGUGAUUAAGAAUGUAACGAGUGGGGCUAGUUGACGAAGUUGCCGAAUUAAGGUCAGGUGGAGCUUCGAAGUGGCGGUUUAGGAGGAGACGUUCCGCGAGGAUCUCCACUCAUUGAAGACUUCUCCAGUUUUGCUUUCAAUUAUUACUUGCCUUUGUGUGGUUGCUCGUACCGGGCUCGAGUCUCCAUCACCGGUCCUUUUCCCAGAGUGACAGCGUAUUUGUAGUCGCUCCGUUCUAGAAGAAGCUUCCUCGGUGCUAUAUUACCAUCUUCUGGAUGGUUGCGUGAUCAGGGUUUCCCCCCCUUGGAUGGUUCAGCGAACACUGACAAGCCCAAGUAUCUCUGAGGAAAUACCAUUCUGAUCAUAUCGAUUUAUAAACACUCCCGAGUUCAUAUUCAUACUCUUUCAUAUCGCAACAUGAAAUUCAUGAUAGUAUUCAUAUCGUGCUAACUUGGUCUAGCCCUGCUUCGGGCGCUCUUGGCAUCUCCCCCUGUGCUCACAUCGAUUCCGAAGACCAGUCCCUCUCGGAAUGCGUGCACUCGUCACCAUAUAUGACCUUCUGAACGUUUCCUACACCUAUUGUCCAGUGGAAUCGCAUUCCUUGUUGGGUUCAAGCCACAGAAAUGGGCGGUGAUAGGAACGGCCAUUGGACUGGGGGAGGACGACUUACGAAAGAGGUAUUUCUCGUCAGGGAUAGUACAGAAGUGAUUCUGCAAGUUCGCAUCGAGCGCAUACGGAUCGAGUAUCCCGGGCGUUUUCAACCUCGGAAUGUGGGCCGUUUCGAUGGGAAGCUGAUAAAGCAUCGCAGUUAAAGCUUUCCUGGAGGAUAGUAGGUCAUUUUGGUAUAUAAGGAGGAUGGUCAGGACAGUUAGAGACAGCAAACAGACGCUUCUCGUAGCUUUUCUCGACAGUUUCUAACCGUUCUCUUUCUCGAUGCAUUUCUCGUUCUUCGUCGUCGCUGCCAUUCUUGGUCAAGCUCUCGCCAGUCCUACUGAGCUCGUCGAUAUGGCUCAACCUGAAAUCGUCAACUGCUACAACAGGGGCACUAAAUCUAACCGCGCGCCAUUUGUGGCUGCAAUUGACCAGUGGUGCGCAAAGGUCAUCGGAACGCACCUGAACAAUGGCCAAGAAGUUAGCACCGUCUUCGAGUUCGGGGAUGUGGAUUAUUGGCUGUCUGCUAAAGCUAUCAAUGGAUGCUCCUUCACCAUCGACGGAAACUGUAAUCGUCUCCUUCGUCUUCCCGUCGACAGGUGCAACACUGGUGGUGAAAAUGGUAAACAGGGUGGUGUUAUGACCGACCCAUGUGGACAAUGGAGAGCUGAUCCUGGACGUGACGGUAAUCCUUUCUGA